AGCCGCAGGGGGUUGUCCGCCCGCGGCACGCACAGCAGCCGCAGCCACCUCGCGCCCGGUCCCUCGGUCGCAGCUCGAGCCGCAGCUUUCGCGCCGUCGCCUCAGCCGCUCGCUUCGUGGGUCGGUCCUUCCGGCACACGGGCUCCAGCCGCGCCCGCAGCCGCCCUCCGAGCCUUUCAGGCCGCCCCGGUCUCCUCGCCCGGCCCGACCCAGCCCGUGAAGAUGGUGGACCGCGAGCAACUGGUGCAGAAAGCCCGGCUGGCGGAGCAGGCGGAGCGCUACGACGACAUGGCCGCGGCCAUGAAGAACGUGACAGAGCUGAAUGAGCCACUGUCCAAUGAAGAAAGAAACCUUCUCUCUGUGGCCUACAAGAAUGUAGUUGGGGCACGCCGUUCUUCCUGGAGGGUCAUUAGUAGCAUUGAGCAGAAGACAUCUGCAGAUGGUAAUGAGAAGAAGAUAGAGAUGGUCCGUGCUUACCGUGAAAAAAUAGAGAAGGAGUUGGAGGCCGUAUGUCAGGAUGUGCUGAGCCUGCUGGAUAACUACCUGAUCAAGAAUUGCAGUGAGACCCAGUAUGAGAGCAAAGUGUUUUACCUGAAGAUGAAAGGGGACUACUACCGCUACCUGGCCGAAGUCGCCACUGGAGAGAAGAGGGCGACCGUCGUGGAGUCAUCUGAGAAGGCCUACAGCGAAGCCCAUGAGAUUAGCAAGGAGCACAUGCAGCCCACUCACCCCAUUAGAUUAGGCCUGGCCCUUAACUACUCCGUUUUCUACUAUGAGAUCCAGAACGCCCCAGAGCAAGCCUGCCACUUGGCCAAGACCGCUUUUGAUGACGCCAUUGCCGAGCUCGACACACUCAACGAGGACUCCUACAAGGACUCCACGCUCAUCAUGCAGCUCCUCCGCGACAACCUCACGCUCUGGACAAGCGAUCAGCAAGACGACGACGGUGGAGAAGGCAACAAUUAAGGCCCCCAGCUGGACUGGCAGCGCACGCUGAUGCUACUACCGCAGUCUUUAUUUUUCCCAUGAGUUGGGGUCGGGUGGGGGAGGGAAAGGGAGCGAUGACCUUCCUAGGGAGAAACCCACGACCUGUCCUGUCUUUGAUCGCCUCUUUGACAUUUUUGCCAAAAUACCACUAGUGGAAAGUCAGGCUAGCUGUGCUGGUAUUGGAAUAGCAGCCUCACGCUGGCAUAUGGACUGUUCUGUAGAUUAAUGCAAGUGGAGCUGUCCUUAAUUUAACUUAUUGCUAGAAAAUAGGGUUUUAAGAUGAAAAGAAAGCUUAAACGGAAUAGCCCUCAUUCAGUAAGUUCUGUGGUUCCAGUAAGGAUUUUUAUGUACAUAUGCUCUUGUCUUUUAAGUUCUGGGUACUUUCUAGCUCAUCUGUUUCAGCUGUGCAUUUUGUUUUUCAGGGUGUACUCUACCAGACAUGGAAUAGUUAAAAUCCCAAGCUGAUAGACUUAGAACAUAAGGUAUAUUUAUCCUUGUGGUUUAGGCCUUGCCAGUUUUCAGAAGUUUCUGAUUAGUUGACAGUAUUAACACUAAAUUGCAGUUUACAGUAUUUCUACAUUACAGCCAUAUGUGACAUCAAGCCAUUGAUUGUGUGUUUUUCUUAUUUUGGCUUUUACAUCCUUAUUCAGUCUCAUCCAGGUUGGUUUUGCUGUUAUCUAUCUCCUAGGCCAAAAGGCUUGCCUGAGGAGAAUCAGAGCUACUUUAGGUUUUGUUUAAUAGGUGCUUGGCAGAUGGCUGUGGGAUUUUUGUCCUUCUUUCUUCUUAACUUAAAUCCACCACAAAAAUGAUUAAUCACUUUAAUAGAAACGUUAAACACCACAAAAAUAGAGAAAAUUCAGGUCUGUAUGUCAUUUAUUGUGCUGAUAUUUCCAGAGAAAUCCUGAUUUUUUUCAGCUGCCAUAGCUCCUUCCUCAGGGACUGCACUGCUGUCUCACUCCUCACUUGAGUCUUCCCUACUGUACCUUGUGCCCAGGGCAUGCACUCGGGUGGGUUGAAAAGCUGUUGGGUUGUAGAAGUUGGCGGUCGUUUUGAGAAAGUUUGUGGUGCAGUGUGUGAAAAUUCAGGUGCUAGGAGCUUACUGGUAGAAAAAUCCUAAAGGAAGAGCUCUAUUCAUAAACAUUCUGUCCGAUUUCGGGAGCCUCGUGUGUCAGUUUUUCCUCCCUAAAAACAAUCCUUCCCCAAAUAAUCGUUGUAGGAAAAUAAACUAAAAUAAUUAUCAGAUAAUAAAUACUUAACUCCUAUUUGACCAAAACUUUUUUAUGUAUCUUUUUCCUUUUUAAUGAAAGCAUAGAAGUUGGAAAUUGAUUUGUGCCAUCUGUACACGUUUUAGAAUUGAAGGGAAACCACGAUGCUAUUUCCACAAGUUUGUUUCAGUUAGCCUUAGGUCCUCGGUUCUCAUUUUGGAUAAGUCUUAACACACGACCUGUUGCAUGUGCAUUCAGCCUUUUUUAUAAGGUCAGUAACAGCGUGAACUGCUGAGAUAGGUAAUGACACCAGACUUGUUUGUUUCUUUGUUUUAUUUAGGCAGGGAGAGGAAUGAGUAGUAAUUGAGGAAAACCUGACAGUUGCUUUUGCUAAAACCAGAAUGGAGCUUCCAGUUGUGAAAUGCACGUGUUGACCAGGAUCCAGGUGGCAGUGAAGAUAGAAGAGUGUGACGAUGCUCUGUAAUGUGGCACAGUUACCCAGCAUGACUUUCCUUAGAAGGCCCCCUCCAUACGCUAGAGCGGAAGUCCCAACUAACCAAACCUACCAGGAGAACUAACAGAAGGAGAGCUUCAUAGUUUCUGUGCCCUAACAGGGGCCUAAGGUCAAUGCCACGGAUGGGAACAGAUUUGCGGGGGGGGGAGGGUGUAGGUGGGGUUUUCCUUAAUUUAUCUUCAUGUCCAGUGAGCAGUGUUGUGUCCUUCCUUGUAGCAUUUGGAAAUGAUUUACUGGAAUUACAAAACCUAUUUUUCUUUUAAAUUUCAGCUUUGGCUCUGGCUGCUUUUUAGAAUAAUGCAAGGUAAAACCAUAUCUGAGGGCUAAAAAUGAAGGAGGGAAUGGGAGACUUGAUAUUUAAGCAGCUUGAAUGGUUUAUUUUCUUUUCUUUAUUUUUAAAGAAAUGCACUUGCCUAUGAUGCUGUCUCUCCAGUGAAAUGAUUACUCCUCCAUUACUCUAUUGAUACAAUAUUGUGCAUGCUAGUGUUGUAUUUCUAUACAGUAGCUUGAAAUUUAUUAACUUAUACUGUAGGUGUUAUGUAUUCCUAUGACAAAAAAAAAUUAAGUCUUCAAAUUUUUUAAAGUUUUUUUAAUUUAAUUUUUCCUUUUGGGGGUAAAUUUUGCUCUACCAAAUAGUGAUCGUAACAAAUUGAUCUGUUUUGGAUGUUGCUAUAGUGACAUGCAGUUAUAUAUUUUGUUUUUAAGUGGGGGGGGAAGCAAAAGAAACACCAGUGUUAGCUUAAUCUUAAUGUCUGGUGUUUGUCAUGGUGAAAUUAUAAUUAUUACAGUGUAGGAGAACAACGAAUAUGUUCUCUGAAUGAGCCUUUGUGCUUUUUGUCAUGUUAUGCAGUGAACUAUUUUUAAGGUCUAAUCAGUGAUUAUUUUUCCAACUCCGUGUUUCUCUAAGGAAUUAUUUCACACACGGACCAUUCUUAGCAGUUUUCCUCAGUGAUGGAAUAUCAUGAAUGUGAGUCAUUAUGUAGCUGUCGUACAUUGAGCAAAUAAACUUACAGAUCUGAUGUCGGUGCUAGUUUUA